CCAUACUCGAGUUGUGUCACUACUCACCACCUCCUCCUCCUCACCACUACCACUAUCACUGCCCAUUGCAGUGUGGUGAAAAAUGAUGGCAGCAGAGAUGGCACUUGUGAAACCCAUCUCCAAGUUCAGCACUUCUACCCCAAACCCAAGAGCACCAUACUCCAAGGUGUUCAGGAUCAGCAUGUCUGCGACUUCACAGCCCAGCACAGGCAAGAGGCCCUCAAAGAAAGCAGCCAAAACAGCAAUCAAGGAGACCCUCCUCACGCCCAGGUUCUACACCACUGACUUUGAUGAGAUGGAGACCCUUUUCAACACUGAGAUCAACAAGAACCUCAACCAGACUGAGUUUGAAGCCCUGCUGCAAGAGUUCAAGACUGACUACAACCAGACCCAUUUUGUUAGGAACAAGGAGUUCAAGGAGGCUGCUGAUAAAAUUCAGGGUCCCCUCAGGCAGAUCUUUGUGGAGUUCUUGGAGAGGUCUUGCACUGCUGAGUUCUCUGGGUUUCUUCUCUACAAGGAGCUUGGACGAAGGCUUAAGAAAACCAAUCCAGUGGUAGCUGAGAUUUUCUCUCUUAUGUCCAGAGAUGAAGCCAGGCAUGCUGGAUUUCUGAACAAAGGUUUAUCUGAUUUCAAUUUGGCUUUGGACUUGGGGUUCCUCACAAAGGCUAGAAAGUACACCUUUUUUAAGCCCAAGUUCAUCUUCUAUGCAACAUAUUUGUCUGAGAAAAUUGGAUAUUGGAGAUACAUUACCAUAUACAGACAUCUCAAGGAAAAUCCUGAGUACCAACUGUAUCCCAUUUUCAAGUAUUUUGAGAACUGGUGCCAAGAUGAGAACAGGCAUGGUGAUUUCUUCUCUGCAUUGAUGAAGGCACAACCCCAGUUCCUCAAUGAUUGGAAGGCAAAGUUGUGGGCUCGAUUCUUCUGCCUAUCGGUUUAUGUAACAAUGUACCUCAAUGAUUGCCAGCGUACGGAUUUCUAUGAAGGAAUUGGGCUCAACACAAAAGAAUUUGACAUGCAUGUGAUCAUAGAGACCAACCGCACGACUGCCAGGAUCUUCCCUGCUGUGCUGGAUGUUGAGAACCCAGAGUUCAAGAGGAAGUUGGACAGGAUGGUGGAGAUCAACCAGCAGCUGAUUGCAGUUGGGGAGAGCGACGACAUUCCUGUGGUGAAGAACCUAAAGAAGAUCCCACUUAUUGCAGGAUUGGCUUCAGAGAUAUUGGCCGCAUAUCUCAUGCCUCCUGUUGAGUCUGGAUCUGUUGAUUUUGCUGAGUUUGAACCACAACUUGUUUACUGAUUGUUAUUUUUUGUACAAGUAUCAUAUCAUUACCUUUCAUGUUUAGCUUAGCUCUGCUGUCAGCUAAUGUGUGGAAGUGAGGGAACAUUGAUAUGAAGAGGAUCAUCCCUUGUACUUCUUGUAAUGAUAUAACAAUUUAUUUCAGUGCAUCCACUCAAUCAUAUAUCUUUUCAUACCA